AUGGCUUUCAAGAACCUGUUAAGAGGAGCUGCGGUAGCGGCCUUCCUUGCGUCGAAAGUUGAAGCUGUCGAUAAUGGACUUGCGAUCACGCCUCAGAUGGGCUGGGAUAACUGGAAUUCGUUCGGAUGCGAUGUCUCAGAAACCUUGCUCCUGCAGACCGCGCAACUCAUUGUGGACUACGGGCUCAAAGACCUAGGCUACCACUACGUGAUCCUCGACGACUGCUGGUCCAUUGGCCGCAACGCCAGCCACAACAACUCGCUCAUCGCGAACCCGGAAAAGUUCCCCAAUGGCAUGGCUGCGGUUGCAGAUCAGCUCCACGCCUUGGGAUUGGGCUUUGGAAUGUAUUCGGAUGCGGGCAAGUAUACGUGUGGUGGGUAUGCGGGCAGUUUGGGGUAUGAGACAGUUGAUGCGAAUACGUUUGCGGAGUGGGGGGUGGAUUAUUUGAAGUAUGAUAAUUGUUUUAAUAUGGGGCAGGCGGGGAACCAGAUGAUUAGUUCGGCGAGGUACGAGGUUAUGGCGAAUGCUCUUAAUGCUACAGGGCGACCGAUUUUGUACUCGCUUUGCAAUUGGGGUGAGGAUUAUCCGUGGAAUUGGGGCUCGACUAUUGCGAAUAGUUGGAGGAUUUCCGGGGAUGUUUAUGAUUCUUGGGAUCAGCCGGAUUCGAGAUGCCCUUGUGACGGACCUGAUGCAUGGAACUGUGGCCUUCCAGGAUUCCACUGCUCGGUGACGAACAUCAUGAACAAGGCUUCUUUCAUCGUUUCAAAAGCUCAACCUGGGGCUUGGAACGACUUAGAUAUGCUCGAAGUUGGAAACGGUGCCAUGACUGAUGCUGAAUACGUUGCUCAUUUCAGCAUGUGGGCCGCAGCGAAAAGUCCUCUCAUCCUCGGAAACGACAUCCGCGUUGUACCAGCAAAAGACCUCGCCAUCCUCUCUAACGCAGCCGUAAUCGCAGUCAACCAAGACCCAUCCGGCUCCAGCGCUGCUCGCCGCUGGAUGUACUCCACCGACUCCACCGACGCGUACGGAGGUUCCGCUCUCCAACUUUGGUCCGGAAGUCUCAAAUCCACAACUGGUGGCCAAUACAACGACAUGGUGGUCCUCCUCAUAAACGGCGCGAAUGAAACCAUGGUCAUGAACGCUACCCUCGCUGACAUCUUCGUCGACAGCGGGGCUGCAGGGACCGCUCGCCAGGUGAAAAUCUCUUGGGAAGCCCGCGAUUUAUGGGCGAACAGGAUGAGUGAGGCGGAAGCACAGGCUAUCAUCGAUGCCAGCUCGGCGACGGGGAAUGCUACGAAUGGGUAUAAUGCCACGAUGGUGGGCAGUGGAAGGUAUAAUGCUACGAAGACGAGCUAUGCGCAGGGGUUGAAGAAUAAUGAUACGUUACUUCUGGGGAAUGUGACGACGACUGUGGGCCCGUCGGGGACAGUUACCGCAACAGUUGAGAGGCAUGGGGCGGCGUUGUUUAGGUUGAGAGCUUUGCCUACUGGGGUAAAAAAGAGGGAUGAGCUGUGAGAAGCGGGGGUGUAACUAUAGCUAGUAUAAGGUUUUCGCUCUUUCCUGGUUCACAUGAGCAAGAGUGAAAGUCAAGAAGCGCG